GAAGGGAGAGCGACCAAUCAAGGACAGGGUGAGGCGCAAAACCGGCCGGCUCCCAGGGGAGCCAGCCAGAGGCUGGGGGGCCAUGGCCGAGCUACAGCAACUGCAGGAACUUGAGAUCCCCACGGGCCGGGAGGCCCUGCGGGGCAACCACAGCGCCCUGCUGCGUGUCGCCGAUUACUGCGUGGACAACUACGUGCAGGCCACAGACAAGCGGAGGGCGCUGGAGGAGACCAUGGCCUUCACCACCCAGGCUCUGGCCAGUGUGGCCUAUCAAGUAGGCAACCUGGCCGGACACACUCUGCGGAUGCUGGACCUACAGGCGGCCUCCCUGCGGCAGGUCGAAGCCCGUGUGAACACGCUGGGCCAGAUGGUGAGUAUGCAUAUGGAGAAGGUGGCCCGAAGGGAGAUCGGCACCUUAGCCACUGUCCAGCGGCUGCCCCCUGGCCAGAAAGUCAUCGCCCCCGACAGCCUCCCUCCCCUCACGCCUUACUACCGGAGACCUCUCAACUUUGGCUGCCUGGAUGACAUUGGCCAUGGGAUCAAGGAUCUGAGCACGCAGCUGUCGCGGACGGGGACCCUCUCUCGAAAGAGCAUCAAGGCGCCUGCGACGCCCGCCUCCGCCACCCUGGGGAGGCCACCGCGGAUCCCGGAGCCGGUGCAGCUCCCUGUGGUGCCCGACGGCAAGCUCUCCGCCGCCUCGUCUGCCUCUUCCCUGGCCUCUGCAGGCAGCGCCGAAGGUGUGGGUGGGGUGUCCGCGACCAAGGGGCAGGCAGCACCCCCACCCCCACCUCUCCCCAGCCCCGUGGCUCCACCUCCUCCACCGGCCACCACGGAAGUCUUCCUGCCGCCCCCUCCGCUGGAGGAAGUGUCCCUGCCCCUGCUGGCACCAGAGCUGCCCCUGGACCUGCCCCCUCCUCCACCCCUGGACGUCCAUGAGCUGGGACUGCCACAUCUGCCCCCACCAGGCUUCGGGCCAGAGGAACCUAGCUGGGUCCCUGCUGCAUACCUGGAGAAAGUGGUGACGCUGUACCCAUACACCCGCCAGAAGGACAACGAACUCUCCUUCUCUAAGGGCACCGUCAUCUGCAUCACACGCCGCUACUCCGAUGGCUGGUGUGAGGGAGUCAGCUCGGAGGGGACUGGAUUCUUCCCAGGGAACUACGUGGAGCCCAGCUGCUGACAGCCUGGGGCUUUCUGAGCUCCCGCCCGGAGCACUGCGCUGCGAGCCUCUUGAGCUCCAGUGCAAAGUCAGCUCCAGAGUCAAGGCGGGACCCGGCCUGCCCACCUGUGAGCUGUGCCCGCCCCUUCCCCCUCCUUUCGGUGGUGGGAAGGGGUCCUGGGGAGAGAAGGGAUGUAUCCGAAGGCCGAAGGCCUGCCGCAGACAGGAAAGAACCGGAAGCCAAAGGACUUUGGUGAUCUUGUCCACAGAAGACCCACCCCUCCAUGCAGCACUGAGUGCCAACUUUGAAUAAAACUCUGAUGACCUCCUGGUGAUUGCCCCGCAGGGCUGGGGGGCCAGAGAGGAGGGAGUUAAA